AUGGACUCGGAAUCACCACAAACGCAGAGAAGAAGCGACUCUGGAGAAAGUACCAUUGUAACAAAGGGAAACCAUGCAACUGGCAAGCAGUUCCCCAACGAGGAGAACGAGGUUUCCAGUUUAAUUGGUGAGAAGAAAAGAGGUCUCGGUCCAGCCGUGAAGAGUAAUCGGGGUGCCCUGUCAGAAAGAGACGCGAAUUCUGUAAACCCUACUGCGGCGAAGGACAGGAAAAGAGCUUUAAAUAUUGUUUCAGAACAGAGACCGACUACCAGAGAACCAAGUGCAGCGAUAUAUUCGAACGUCCAAAAGAAGAGGCGUAUCUUUAACGACUUUGAGUCGGCGGCACCAGGGGUAAAAGGCACCGAACAGACCCUCACUAAAAAUGGAAGCGACGCUCUCGCCGACGAUACGACGUUCAAUACAUGGGAAGAUCUAGAUCGCUUGGAAGAAGGCGAUGUGUUCUUGGUACCGGAGUAUGCAAACGAUAUCUUCGAGCAUUUAUACAAAAGGGAGUUGGAGACCCUACCCUCGCAUAACUAUUUGGUUAAACAUCAAAGUCAGAUAUAUUAUAGACCUUCAGUGCGAGCGAUACUGAUAGAUUGGCUCGUGGAAGUUCAUGAGAAAUUUCAAUGCUUUCCAGAAACGCUGUAUUUGGCAAUAAAUAUCAUGGAUAGGUUCUUUGCUGGUAACCGGGUCGCUACCGACAAACUACAACUAGUGGCGGUCUCUGCUCUCUUUAUGGCUGCAAAAUUUGAAGAAGUACAUCUACCCAAACUAUCAGAGUAUGCAUACAUCACAGCUGGUGCAGCAACAAAUACUAGCAUAAAGAAAGCUGAACUAUUCAUGCUAACUUCAUUGAAAUUUGACCUGGGCUGGCCAAAUCCUUUGAAUUUUCUACGAAGGAUAUCAAAAGCUGAUAACUACGAUACAGACACUAGAAACGUUGGUAAACUCCUAUUGGAACAUGCUAUUUGUUCACCAAAGUUUAUAACCACCAAACCUUCUCUCGUGGCUGCUAUGUCUAUGUACAUUGCGAGGCAAGUUACCCACAAGGAUAAAGAAUUAUGGAACAAAUCUUUAAAACAUUACAGUGGUGGUAUCGACCCUCUACAUGAUCCAGAAUUUCAAAAAUUGUGCAAAGAACUAAUACAGGAGCUUGCCAAUCCCUCCACAGUGCUGAAUUCGCUGCUAACUAAAUCGGCGGAUCAAUCAAAAUACGGUAGCAUAUUCAACGAUACAUGUACGUGGUGUAAACACCAACUGGCAUGUAAUUUUGAAGGAUUAUUUACGUUGUAA